AUGGUCCACUUUCAGAACUCGUUCCGCAACCUUCUCAAAAAUUGCAUCCUCAACCGGGAUCUCUCAACAGGGAAAUGCCUCCAUGCACUGUACCUCAAGCAUUUACUCGCUCCGACCACUUACCUCUCCAAUCAUUUCAUCCUCCUUUACUCCAAAUGCGGCCGCCUGACCGCCGCCCGCCGCGCUUUCGAUCAGACCCUCGAGCCUAAUGUCUUCUCUUACAACGCUCUGCUCGACGCCUAUGCGAAAAGGUCACUCCCAGAACAUGCACGCCAGCUGUUCGACGAAAUUCCUCACCCGGACCUUGUUUCUUACAACACCCUAAUCUCCGCCUAUGCGGAUUGCGGGAGUGCCGCUGCUGCGUUGGGAUUGUUCGAGGAAAUGAGAGAGAGACUUAUCGAUGCGGAUGGAUUCACCGUCUCCGGAGUGAUCACCGCUUGCUGCAAUGAGGUCGCGCUGCUGCGACAGUUGCAUUCUCUUGCUGUUUUCUGCGGGUAUGAUUCUUAUGUUUCGGUUAACAAUUCCCUUCUGACGUUCUAUGGGAAGAAUGGUCUGCUGGAAGAAGCUAAAGAGGUGUUUGUUGCGAUGGGAGGACAUGUUAGAGAUGAAGUUUCUUGGAACUCUAUGAUUGUGGCGUAUGGGCAGCACAAGGAUGGUGCUAAGGCGAUGGAAUUGUUUAGGGACAUGGUUCAUAGAGGGAUUGAAGUCGAUAUGUUCACCGUGGCAAGCAUGCUGACUGCAUUCACGAGUCGAAAUGAUUUGUCUUGGGGACUUCAGCUCCAUGGCAAAUCGAUCAAAACUGGGCUGCAUUGUAACAGUCAUGUUGGGAGCGGGUUGAUUGAUAUGUACUCAAAAUGUGGAGGCACAAUGUUGGACAGUAACAAAGUACUCCAAGAAAUUCCUGCACCAGAUUCAGUUGUCUGGAACACAAUGAUUUCCUGCUACUCUCGUGAUGAUGAACUCUCGGAGGAGGCUCUCCAUUGUCUGAAACAAAUGCAGCUUUCCGGUCAUAAGCCAGACGAUUGUACCUUUUCCUGUGCUCUUAGUUCGUGCUCCACUCUUUCAUCUCCUUCUACGGGCAAACAGCUCCAUGCCCUGGCAAUAAAGACAGAUAUCCCUUCAAACAGAAUUCAAGUGAAUAACGCCCUAAUUGCCAUGUACUCAAGGUGUGGAAGUCUCGAUUAUGCAAGACAGGUAUUCGACAGGAUGCCCCAGCACAACAUCGUAUCUUUAAACUCCAUCAUUUCAGGCUAUGCGCAACAUGGUAAGGGAUCAGAGGCACUUUUGCUUUUCAACCAAAUGAUUCGAGUGAAAAUGGUCCCCACGAGUAUAACCUUCAUUGCUCUCCUCUCGGCCUGUGCACACACCGGUCAGGUUGAGGAAGGUAGACGAUAUUUUAACAGGAUGAUAAAUGAAUUUGGGAUAGAACCAGAAGCCGAACAUUUCUCAUGUAUGAUUGAUCUUCUGAGUCGCGCUGGGAAGUUGGGGGAAGCCAAGAGACUCAUUGAAACGAUGCCAUUUACCCCUGGCAUGGCAGCAUGGGCAACUUUGCUUGGAGCCUGUAGGAAACAUGGUAAGAUGGAACUAGCUGAGAUAGCAGCUAAUGAGUUGUUGCAGCUUGAGCCAACAAAUGCUACACCCUAUGUUGUGCUUGCAAAUAUGUAUACAGAUUUUGGCAAAUGGGAAGAUGUAGCCAGAGUUCGAAAGCUUAUGCGAGAUAGAGGAAUAAAAAAAUUGCCUGGUUGUAGUUGGCUCGAGUUACACAACAGGGUACAUGUUUUCGUAGCAGAAGAUAAUUCGCAUCCCAUGAUGAAGGAGAUCCAUGACUACUUGGACUGGAUGGUGUUAAAGAUCAAGCACGCUGGAUAUGUACCGGAUUUGAGAUUCGCUUUGGUUAAGGGUGAUGAAACAGGUGAAGGGGAAAAAGAGACUAGGUUAAGGCAUCACAGUGAGAAACUAGCUGUUGCGUUUGGACUGUUGUCGACUACAGAUGGGGCACCUAUAGUUGUGAUGAAGAACUUGAGGAUAUGCGGGGAUUGCCAUAAUGCAAUGAAAUACAUUUCUCAGAUUAGCUGUAGGAAAAUUACUGUGAGGGAUGCGAAUAGAUUUCAUUGUUUCGAACGAGGUAAUUGUUCUUGUGGAGACUACUGGUGA